GUUUAUAAUAAGCGGUUGAUUUGUCGACAUAAAAGAGGGGAACAGUGAUAUUUUGACGCAUUGUGCAAGAACUUUUCGCGAGGGUAACACGUUUAAAAUGAAGUUGGUGUUAUUUUUUUGUGUAAUCUGCAUAAUUGGCUCAAGAGCAGCUAAUUUACCAUCUUACAUUACACCAUGCUCGCGAAGCCUGCCCACCAACGAGCUGACGGAUUGCGUCACGGCGGAGGCUAGAAGGAUCCAAUCAGAGUUCGGAAAGGGCAUCCCGGAGUUCGAUCUGGAGCCCAUCGACCCUCUACCACUCAAUGACAUUAAGGCCAAUGCGGGAACUUUCAUCAUUACGAGCAAAAACUUAGUUUUGAAGGGGCUCAAGAAAAUGGAGAUUCGUGAAGUCAAAUUCAACUUGGAGAAAAACACCGGAUCCAUGAAGCUGUUUGGCAACAUGACUUUCGUGGGUGACUACGAGACGGAUGGUGCUAUCGUCCUCAUACCUGUCAAAGGAAAUGGGAAAAUAUCUGUGAAAUGCUUGGAUACCAACGUCGUGAUCAAGUACAAGCUCCGAAAAGUAAAGGACGCCAACGGAGUGGAACAUCUCGAGACAUACGACACCAAGCAAACUGAGCAGUACGGGCGUGUGAUUUUCCAUCUUACCAACUUACCGGGUGGUGAAACUAUCGGAAAAACGAUAAACCAGGUGAUGAAUGACAACUGGAAAGACCUAAUCAAGCAGCUGGGUCCUCCAUACACGCAGGCAGUAGCCAGCAAGGUCCACGAGGUCAUAAACAAGCUUUAUUCUAAUGUGCCUUUUGACCAACUCUUCGCGCCAUAAGUUUAUUAGGUACUUGUUAAGUUAUUACUGUUAUUAGCAUUAAGGUGCAUCCAGAAGGCCUGCCGCGAACACUGCAGUACGCUGCGGACAUCUAUCUAUAAAAAUAUUUUAUACAUUUGAAACUGUGAUAAUGUUUCGUGUGUGACACUAGCAGUUAAUAUUUAAAUUGUGAUUUAUCUAGUUUCUAAGUAUUUUGUAAAUAAAAUUACCUAAGUAAUA